CUCUAUGAUGAUUGAUCUUUCUACUAUUCGGUCCCUUGAACUUAUCCAGAAUAUUACCAAUGUCAAGUCAAAGGACUGUCUGUUCGGCCUCUUGAAUGAGACAUUAACUCCAAUGGGCUCGAGGAUGCUUCGAAGCAACAUUUUACAGCCUUCGACGCAAGAGAGCAUACUCAAGAACCGCUAUAAAGCUGUCGGCGAAUUGGCAUCUACGGAGGAGACGUUUUUUGACACGAGAAAUGCCCUUAAGCCCUUUCUUGAUAUCGACAAGCUCUUGACUAAUCUUAUCAUCCAACCAACCCAGCCCGACAUCCAGCAUUCCGAACAGUCUAUCAACCACAUAUUGAUGCUGAAAACAUUCGUGCAAUGUGUUGGCCCCGUGUACGAAGCAUUGUCAGGCGCGAGAUCACCACUGCUGGUAGACAUCAGAAAUGUUUGUCGGCCGAACAAUAUUACUCCGACGUUGAAAAUAAUCGGCGAAGUAAUCAAUGACGACGUGACUUUCCAGCGCAGUCCGCUUGAUUUGCGGAAUCAGAGGACAUAUGCAGUGAAGUCUGGUGUCAACGGGCUGCUAGAUGUGGCUCGCCAGACUUUUAAAGAGGCAACACAAGAUGUGCAUCAACAUGUUUCCGACAUCAACGACCAAUACGAGAUGCAAAUGGAGACCAGAUAUGAUAAUGCAAGAAGAUACUAUCUCAGGAUCCAAGAAUCUAAUCUAGAAGGGCGGACAAUGCCGGAUAUUCUCAUCAACUGCUACAGAAAGAAGGGGUACAUCGAGUGCCAGACCUUGGGUUUGGUCAAGCUUAAUCAAAGGAUUGAGGAUUCCCAUCAAGAAGUUGUUUUGAUGAGUGACAAGACUGUUACCCAGCUCAUUGACAAUGUUCGUGCAGAAAUACAGCCUCUAUUUCGCGUGUCUGACAGCAUAGCCAUGCUUGAUAUGCUUGCAGCAUUUGCCCAACUGGUGACGACGAGCGAUUAUGUUAAGCCGGAAAUUACGAGGUGCCUGGCCAUUAAAUCUGGUCGCCAUCCAGUUCACGAAAAGGCGCAUUCCGAGAAGUUCAUUCCCAAUGAUGUCUACGCGGACAAGCAACAGCGAUUUCAGAUAAUUACCGGAUGCAAUAUGAGCGGGAAGAGCACGUACAUUCGUUCGAUUGCCCUAGUGACUGUUAUGGCCCAAAUCGGAAGCUUUGUGCCAGCACAAUAUGCUUCGUUUCCCAUCGUGGAUCAGCUGUUUGCAAGAGUGUCGAUGGAUGACUGCAUCGAAGCUAAUGUUUCUACAUUUGCAUCCGAAAUGAGAGAAACUGCGUUCAUCCUUAGGAAUAUUGGAAAGAAUAGCCUGGUGAUCAUUGAUGAACUUGGGCGCGGCACCAGCACCAGAGACGGGUUGGCGAUUGCAUUGAGCAUUUCCGAAGCUCUUGUCGAGUCUCAAGCAUUCGUCUGGUUCACAACCCAUUUUCGAGAACUCGCGCAGAUAAUGAACGAGCGCGCUGGCGUCGUUAACAUGCACCUCAAAGUCGACAUCAGCCAGGAAGACAAAAUGGUCAUGCUAUACAAAAUAGCAAACGGCUUCGUGAAAGAAGAGCACUACGGCCUCGCUCUAGCCCGAGUCGUGAACCUCCCACCCCUGGUUCUCGAGGUCGCGGAGAAAGUAUCGAAGACUCUACAGGCGCAGGCAGCAGCGAAGAAGAAAUCCUCUAAAUCGUUUGCAAUUGCACGGAAGCGGAAGUUGGUCUUGAGCCUGAGAGAAGUGCUGUUACAGGCUCAGGAGAGCGCGAUGCAGGGGAAGGCGUUGAUGGAGUAUCUAAGGAAGGUGCAAGAGGAGUUUGUGAGGAGGAUGGAUUGCAUUGAGAAUGAAGCUGAUGAUUCAGGUGAUGAGAGUGUGAUCGGGGAGGAGGAGUUGAAUGAAAACGACGACGGUAGAAAUGAGGACCUGGAACGGGAAGGAGAAUUCAACGAAGCCGAGGAUGAUAGUGAUGAAAGCGAGAUGACGGGUACAGACAAAACAGAGAUGCUGGUUUGA